AAAGCCGAUAAAAAUACUCUCUCUCAUCACUCUCUCCACAACCAUUUCUCUCUCCUCCCUCUUUCUCUCUCUACAUAUACAGUGUUUUUCUCUCUCUUCUUUUUUGCUUUUUCCUAAGCCUACAGCUAGGGUUUUGUCCAGAUAGCGCACUCAAAUUCCGCCCUAUCGGCUGUGAAUCUCUCCAUGAGGAUCACACCUCUAGCUUCGUCAACUUGUACUUCAACUGAUGAUAGUGUUUCUCGGAGUGGCCGUGGAGAAUCCAAGUGAAGCUUAGUGAGAGAAAGAGAGAGUUGCUCAUUUCGAUCUGGGUAUCGAUAUAAACUAAGUCCAUUCUUCUGACAUGGAGAGGAGUGUUUUGGUGGAAGAAAAUCAUCAACGAAGCAAUUCUACUCCCAUUUCCAAGUCAUCGGGAUCAAUUAUCAGGAUUGACGCGAUAUCUAUAGAACUUGCCAGUGCUAUGGAGAACAAUCGCGAGGCGAGCAAGUGUGAGCAUUUUUCUAUACGUGGAUAUGCUGCUGAAAUGCGGAAAAAAGACAUUAGUGUUUGCUUGCCAUUUCCUUUUGAUGGUAACCAAAAUAAGUUAGAGGAGCAACCAAACAUGCUUCCUCCCUUGCAUGUUGCCAAAUUCAGAUGGUGGCGCUGCCAAAAUUGCCUGAGGGAGAUUGGUGGUACAAGUGUUGCAGAAGAAACUGGAAUUGUUUGUGAUCAGUUUCAAACUGGAGUUAUAGCCGCAAGCACUUGUCCUCACAUAUUCCCUAAUGGUACAGCAAUGGUGCUCUCAGAUUUGCAGAUAUCUCCAGAUCCGGGGCAUUUAGCAGGAAGGAAAAGUGAUGGCAAUAAUUCUGGCAAUAAAGAUGAAAUUCGUCUUUCAUCAUGUUGUUAUAACAAAGAAAAGAAACAUGAAAUUGGAUGUGCAGCUGUUGUUGGUAAUGGGAAUGGUGCAAGAACUGAUGUGGAUCCAAUGCAUGAUUUACCAGCAUCUAAUCCGUGGUCUAUUCAAGAAAGGCAUGCAAAUGGCCCAAAUGAAUUUGUAUCAAAUGCCCAUGGUUUUAUGGAACUUUGUGCACCAAACUACAGAAUUCACGCUUCUGCUGAUCUCAAGAAUCCUGAACAUAUGGCUAGAAAAUCAUCUGAAAUCCGUCAAAUGGGGACACUGGCUUCUUAUGAUGGUGAGCAGAGAAUUGCAUCAAUGGCUCCUCAUGGUAUGAACUUUUCUAAGGGGCAAACAGGCAAACGUCCUUCCCUUGACCUGGAAGAAAAUGAUGAGAUCUUGGCUGAAACUGUUCAUCGUGAUCAGCACAUGGAUAGCCCAAGUCUUUCGACACGGCAAAGAACUCGAAAAGUGCGUCUUUUGGCAGAGUUGUUGGGUUCGAAAAGGAACUCUGAAAAUGAUCGGAUUAGAACAGAAGGUGGUCCUUCUUGUGGAAUACCCACUAUGUCUUCUGGGUUAGAUACAGUUUCGUCUCUUCGUGAUCACUUGGCUGUCCAAGGAAGUAUUAGGAAGCAUUUCGAGGAUCCUAAAGGUAAAAGAAAGAUAUCUUUAGACAAAGAAGGGAAAUCACCCCAGGAUUUGAUCUGCUCGAGCAAACUGACCAAAAAAGCCAGGGUUUUCAAGGAAGGUUCAGAAAUUACUAACAGGAGAAUUGACGGAAAUCCUACACAAAGUGAAAAGAAAAACAAGAAAAUUCCACUCGAGGGCGGUUAUUCUCCCUCAAUGCCUCAAGGAGGGGUUAUGCGGAAAAUAAACCCAUUCAAAAUUGGAGGUGUGGGAAAAUAUUCUGCUGCUUCUGAUGGCGGUGUGUCCCAAUCAGCGCAUAAUACAUCCAUGACCAAGAGCAGAAUAAAACCCUAUUUUAGAAGUUCUCUGUCCCCACAAGAACCCGAGGGAAACGGUAUUUUGUGUAAGAAGAAAAACAAACAAGUUGGAGCAGGGAAGGCUUCUUUAGUGCCUAAGAGGACCAGCUUGCUUGGAGAAAGUUCAAUCAUGAGAAAAUGUUUAGGUAUCAAGGAGACUGAAUCCUCAGCUCAGAUUUCAAUUGGUGGAAAAGGUCCGGAUCUCUCCCUUAACAGCUUGGUGGUGGCGCACCGAAAUGAAAAAGGUGGAGACGGGAGUGAUUUGUUAUUGCCCCUGCGGAAGGACACUCCAAGAGGUGAUACUCAGCAGAGGAAUGCUCUUAUGCAUAUUGGAGAGUCAAGUGCAUCUCAAAAAUCUGCACCAGACCAAUUUUUCAGGAAAGGAUUACUUUGCGAUCUCAAUGAGAAUAUCGCUGCAAAUAGAAUGUCCCCCUUGCGUGAGAUGCAAAAUCUUGGUCCUUGGGUUGAAAAUGGCAGUUUUUCUCGUCAUCAACACUUGGAUUUUUCUGGUACUCAAAGGACUGAAGAAGUUAAUGAACAAGGAAAUGAUGACAUUCCAAUGGAAAUAGUUGAACUCCUGGCAAGAAAUCAGUAUGAACGGUAUCGCCAUGAGACGGAAAGAAACUUUUUCUUCCCAAAACACACCAAGGACAAAAGGGACACUGAGCUAAUGGGUUUUGCUCGAGUACAUGGGAAUGGGAUGCUAACAUCGUUACCGGAAGAUAAAUGCCGCGUGACAAAUCCUGUUUCUGGUAUGGGUAUUGUUAGAACAAGUGAGAAUGUGGGACCUAUCAAACGAAAUCCGAGCAAUUGUUUCUCUGAAACCCAUGGGAAUAAUUUCAAUUUCGGACAGUCAGAGCGAAAUUCUGCCUUUGCAGGGUUUAGUGCAUUUUCGAAGUACAAAGAGAAGCAAACAGGUGGAGUCCAAACAUCUGAUUCUGUUCGAACCAGGAACCCACAAAAUUGCAACUGGAAAGGUAGCCCUAAUGAAUCACGACAGGGUGAAGAAGCAGGGCCAAAUCACAUGGCUUUUGGUUUCGACAUUCCUCAAAUGCAUGCACCUCAAUCAAGUAGCUUUGAAUUUCAUCCACAAUUCCCUAAACUACCGCUUGAAGGGAAAAGAAUGAUUGGGGAUCAUGAUCUCAACUUUAUGAAACCAAAUGCCAAUGACCUUGAAAAGCAGAAAAGGAAUUCCCAUUCAGAAUCCAUCAGAAGGGAAACUGCCGAAUACCCGUUUGUUAACAAGCAUAGGGGAUUUGACCUUAACGAAAAGGUGCCAGGGUCUCUGGAUCUGAAUUCCAAUGAAACCAUACCCGCCAUGCAAUUACUAAGCCUCAUGGACGCUGGGGUCCAGUCAACUUCAGCUUUCAGUGUGGAUGGAAGCCCUAAGCUUUUCACCAAACCUUUCUUUCCUUGUCCAAACCACCCAAAAGUCCUUGAGAAACCUCUGUUUGCUUACGAUCACCAUUCCAACCGAGGGCCUGGGGCAUAUAAUGAUAUCCCAAGAAACCCGCCUUCUCCUUUUUAUGGUAGAAACAUUGCAGAGAAAUCUUGUGAGUGUCCGCCUGCUGUUCCUGCUGUUGCUGCAUUUGUUUCUCCAUUUCAAACUGAGGGAAGCUUUAAAAGAGGUGCUGGUUUUACAAAGUCUGAAGAGCGAGGAAAAGCACUUAUGCACCAUAGAGGCCCUAAAUCACAAAAAUCUGGAAGCACAAGUGGUGUUUUGCGAACAAGUUGCCAGUCUAAUCCAGUUCAGAAUAAGCAGAAAGGGAUCAUUUAUCCCUCUAAUACUAAUUUCAUGGAUUUGGAGGCUAAUUACAUGACUGGGACUGUUUACCCCAUGAGAGGCAUUUCUAAGGAUGGAAUCUGCACUCUCAACAAAAACCCAGCUGACUUUAGCAUACCAGAAGCAGGAAACGUUUACAUGAUUAGUGGAAAAGAUGUCAAAUUUGGAAAGAAGGGUUAUUCUAAAGGUGGAUCAGGAUUGAAUACUGGGGACGGGCGAAAGAGACAGAGAGUUACAAAGCUCAAGUGACGGAAAAGAAAUUUACAACAUCAUCUGUCGGGAAAUACCCACAUGCCAAAGCUGUGCUCCGAAACUUCUAUCAUCUUCAAUAUGUGGCGAGUACACCUCUUUCAUUAAAAUAAGGUUCUAGGGAUUUAUUCCUUUAAAGUCCAACACCCAAGAAGACUUUGUGGAAUUUCCAGUUUGGGCUUUGUUUGGUUUUAUUUUCAGCAGGUGAAGUUUUAAGGCUCCUUCCAUUCCCGAAAUAACAGAAAAUCUCAUAGACUAUAUUGAUGUUCAGACAGAGGACGCCAGUUCAAUUCCGGAGACUUGACCAUUCGGCUCUGAAUCUUGACAAGCUUGUUUCUUGUCCAAGUUGAGAAAUUACAGGCACCUGUACUGCCUGCAGUUCCAUAUUUGGUUUGAACUUGUAUAAAUAAAUUUCACAUGUAUAUACGAAUUUGAUUUCUGCGUGUUUGUGUCCUAUGGAUUGGACAAUAAACUAAAAAUCCCUGACAUUGCCCCUCGGUCUGAGGUUUCAAUAAUCUUAGAUAGUCGUUUUGUUGGUACA